CAACAGGAAAGAAAUAAUUAGCCGCGACACCGUUAAAAUGUCAAAACAACCUGUCUUGCAUUUUUCGAAACAUUUUAACUGUUGAUAUCAUGAACGAGGUAUGUAAGUAUUGGCUUUAAAAGAUGAGUACGGACAAUGUAGAAGUUAAUGCCAAGCCGUCUCAAGAACUGAAUGUCGUCUCGCACAGGAAGGGAUGUGACCCUUUAUUGUCAACAGCAAGAGGGAAAUUGCAGAAAAAGCGUUCUAAACUGAAUGAUGAAAUCAACAGAGAGUUGCGAAUGAGAAAUGGAGCGGAAAAUCUGUUCAGAGCGACAGACAACAAGAGGCUGAAGGAACUGGUGUCAGUAGAACUAUUGUUCUUCAAUUCCAACAUACAGCUGCUGAAAGAAGAGGUCUCUGACCUGAACAGCUCUGUCAAUGUUUAUCAGCAUGAUAAUUCUACAGUUGUGCCAAUGAUACCACUUGGCCUGAAGGAAACAAAGGACAUAGACUACAGACUUGCUAUAAAGGAUUUCAUUCUCGAACAUUACAGUGAAGCUGCUGACAGUUACAACUCAGAAUUACAGGAUCUACAGGAACUAAGAUUGGCAUUGCGGACACCACAGAGAAAUGAUUCUGGUGUAGAGUUACUUAUGGAGUAUUAUAACCAGCUGUAUUUUCUGGAGAAGAGAUUUUUCCCUGCUGAUAGAAAGAUACCAAUCAUGUUUCACUGGUAUGAUUCGCUUACGGGUGUGCCAAAUAUUCAGAAAACAUUGACGUUUGAGAAAGGUUGUGUGAUGUUCAACAUUGGGGCACUCUUUACACAGAUAGCGUGUAAACAGGAUAGAUUAACAAAGUCUGGAUUGAGUCAAGCUAUCAAGUAUUUUGAGCUGGCGGGUGGAGCAUUCCGGUACCUACAUAACCACUUUAGUCACGCCCCGUCAAUGGACAUGCAGCCCCAGACUCUCACUAUGCUAGUCCAACUUAUGAUGUCUCAGGCACAGGAAUGUGUGUAUGAGAGUCUUACACUGCACGGUGUCUCUCAGGGUAUUCUACAGUAUUCUUACGCAGCACAAGAGGCUUCUAUGGUGUCUCAAAUGUAUCGUGAUACUCAACAACUUAUGAGCACAGAGCAAGUGAAGGAUUACAUUCCAUACUCGUGGUUGUCCAUGGCCCAGGUGAAAGCUGAGUAUUACAAUGCAUUAGCCAAUCAUUUGAUAUCUGAUGCUCUUCUAGACCAACCAGACAGUAUUAAUGCAGACAGGGUGAGAGAAAUGGUCCAGUGUCUGUCAAACCAAGAGGAAGGAGAAGAUGAUAUGCCUGUCAAAGUUCCACAGACUUUUGAGGAACGGAAACAACUUGCCAAAGCCCUUUUGAAAGAAGCAUUGAUGUGUCACGAAGAAGCAUUGAGACUACACAAUAUGUGUAAACAAUUAAGGAAAGUGGACACAUUUCUCACCAUACUGAAGAGGGCACAUGAUCAAUCAGUAUCCAAGUUUUCGACACUUGAAGAAGAGGAUGACUUCACAGAGAUUCAUGUAGCGCCAAAGAUCAAGGCUAUUUCACAACAGUUAGUGGCACCUGUCACACCUGAGUUUUCAAAAGUCAAAGUUCAAGAAAUUUUCAAAAAAUUGGGUCCAAUAGCAGUUUUCAAUUCCAAGAAUUACUGGACGGCCCCUAGAACAGUAGCACUACAUCGACCUUCAGAUCAGGGCUAUGGGUUCAGUGUGAGAGGUGACUGUCCGGUCAAAGUUGCCGACAUUGAACCUGGCAGUGUAGCUGAGCGUGGUAACAUCAAUGUUGGAGAUUAUAUUGUAGCAGUUGGUGGUUCAGAUACAAAGUGGGCAAAACAUGAUGAAGUUGUGAACUUAGUGCGAAAGUCUGGCAGCCAACUUGUUUUAAGACUGAUUACUCCAAUGAAUCAAGACUGUCUGGAACCCAGCCCAGCGUCGGCUCCCAGCACACCUAGGACACCAAUGAGAAUGGUGAUUUCGUCGAGCAGUUUGUCAGCGUCCAGUAAUAAAAGCAGUAAAAGCAGACUAAGCGCACCUUGGAUCUUUGCCAAGAAAGGUUCGAAAGAUAAAGACGAACAAGCCGAGGAAUUUAUCCUGGUUGGACAAGAUGCAGAUAAAUUUAGUGAUCAUGAUAUCCUGAUGUGAUUCAAAUAAACUCCAGUGUAAAAGGGAAACUAAAUUAAGUUGCUGUACAGUAACUUUGUACUAGAGUUGCAAAUUGUAGAUUGGGUUGUAUAGUAUUACACGAUGAGUUUUUUGCCAAUAUUUGUAAACAUUGCCACUUGUGAAUUUAAACUAUUUGUGACUACCAAUCUGCUUUAAGGCCUUAAAACACAAACCCUCACGUUUCACAACAUUGGUCAGGCUGCUAAACAUUAAAUCACUAGAUAAAGCCUAGUAUGCAAAAAUAACCCAAACUACUUAAUUUGAUAUGUAUAUGGUUAUACUAUCAAGGUUUUAUACAACAUUGAAAAAAGGGUUAAGUCAAUGUUAAAGGCACUGGCCUCCAGAUCAUAUGAUAACAGAGGAAAAAAUUUAGGUAUCAGGAAAUUAAUGCUAUUUCUUAAAAAUGCUUUGAAACUUAAUUACUGACAGACUAUAUGGUAUGGAAACACAUGAGAGUUAGUUGUUUUUUUACAAAUUUUUAAAAUGAAAAUCGAAAAGCGUCUUUAACACUUUACUUGAGGUAAACUGCUUUAAUUAUAAAUAUCUAUAUUUAAGGCAUUUAAACACAAGAUCCACUGUGGCGGUAUUGGUAAAGACUGCGGGAAAGUUUUUUUUAUUGCCAUUAUGUCCCAGGUUCGAUUCCUGACGUGGGCAUCUAUUUUUUCUUGAUUUGGCAUUUUUAAGAUUUUUUAGAAACAAAGAAUCAUUCUUAUGUUCAUAAUAAAAAGAAACUUCAAUUUUAAAGAAAGAUCAUUUUUAACUUAAAUCUGGUGGUCAGUGCCUUUAAAGCAAGACACUAUUCAUAUUCAUCUUUCAUGUGAAUAAAUUUUUUUGUGACAGUAUUAAAUUUCAUAAACGUAUUGCUUCAUCAAAUGUUAGUAUUUUAAAUAAGCAUCAUUUUAUAUAAUCUAUUUUUACUUAAAAGCUGGAUCUUUUAUUAACCUGAAAAGAAUUUAAUUGUUAUAAUGACUACAGAAUAUAUUUGAUCAAGGAAGCAGGACUUUUUAGCUCACCUGUCACAAAGUGACAAGGUGAGCUUUUGUGAUCGCGCGGUGCCCGUCGUCCGUCGUCCGUCCGUGCGUCCAUAAACUUUUGCUUGUGACCACUCUAGAGGUCACAUUUUUCAUGGGAUCUUUAUGAAAGUUGGUCAGAAUGUUCAUCUUGAUGAUAUCUAGGUCAAGUUUGAAACUGGGUCACGUGCCAUCAAAAACUAGGUCAGUAGGUCUAAAAAUAGGAAAACCUUGUGACCUCUCUAGAGGCCAUAUAUUUCACAAGAUCUUCAUGAAAAUUGGUCAGAAUGUUCACUUUGAUGAUAUCUAGGUCAAGUUCGAAACUGGGUCACGUGGGAUCAAAAACUAGGUCAGUAGGUCUAAAAAUAGAAAAACCUUGUGACCUCUCUAGAGGCCAUAUUUUUCAUGAGAUCUUCAUGAAUAUUGGUCAGAAUGUUUAUCUUGAUAAUAUCUAGGUCAAGUUCGAAACUGGGUCACGUAGGGUCAAAAACUAGGUCAUUAGGUCUAAAAAUAGAAAAACCUUGUGACCUCUCUAGAGGCCAUAUUUCUCAAUGCAUCUUCAUGAAAAUUGGUCAGAAUGUUCAUCUUGAUGAUAUCUAGGUCAAGUUCGAAACUGGAUCACGUGGGGUUAAAAACUAGGUCAGUAGAUCUAAAAAUAGAAAAACCUUGUGACCUCUCUAGAGGCCAUAUUUUUCAUGAGAUCUUCAUGAAUAUUGGUCAGAAUGUUCACCUUGAUGAUAUCUAGGUCAAGUUCGAAACUGGGUCAUGUGGGGUCAAAAACUAGGUCAGUAGAUCUAAAAAUAGAAAAACCUUGUGACCUCUCUAGUGGCCAUAUUUUUCAAUUGAUCUUCAUGAAAAUUGGUCAGAAUGUUCACCUUGAUGAUAUCUAGGUCAAGUUCGAAACUGGGUCAUGUGCGGUCAAAAACUAGGUCAGUAGGUCUAAAAAUAGGAAAACCUUGUGACCUCUCUAGAGACGAUAUUUUUCAAUGGAUCUUCAUGAAAAUUGGUCAGAAUGUUUACCUUGAAGAUAUCUAGGUCAAGUUCGAAACUUGGUCACGUGGGGUUAAAAACUAGGUCAGUAGAUCUAAAAAUAGAAAAACCUUGUGACCUCUCUAGAGGCCAUAUUUUUCAUGAGAUCUUCAUGAAUAUUAGUCAGAAUGUUCAUCUUGAUGAUAUCUAAGUCAGAUUCGAAACUGGGUCACGUGGGGUCAAAAACUAGGUCAGUAGGUCUAAAAAUAGAAAAAACCUUGUGACCUCUCUAGAGGCCAUAUUUCUCAAUGGAUCUUCAUGAAAAUUGGUGAGAAUGUUCAGCUUGAUGAUAUCUAGGUCAGGUUCGUAACUGGGUCAUGUGCGGUCUAAAACUAGGUCAGUAGGUCGAAAAAUAGAAAAACCUUGUGACCUCUCUAGAGGCCAUAUUUUUCACAAGAUCUUCAUGAAAAUUGGUGAGAAUGUUCACCUUGAUGAUAUCUAGGUCAAGUUUAAAAGUGGGUCACGUGCCUUCAAAAACUAGGUCAUUAGGUCAAAUAAUAGAAAAACCUUGUGACCUCUCUAGAGGCCAUAUUUUUCAAUGGAUCUUCAUGAAAAUUGGUGAGAAUGUUCAGCUUGAUGAUAUCUAGGUCAGGUUCGUAACUGGGUCAUGUGCGGUCUAAAACUAGGUCAGUAGGUCGAAAAAUAGAAAAACCUUGUGACCUCUCUAGAGGCCAUAUUUUUCACAAGAUCUUCAUGAAAAUUGGUGAGAAUGUUCACCUUGAUGAUAUCUAGGUCAAGUUUAAAAGUGGGUCACGUGCCUUCAAAAACUAGGUCAUUAGGUCAAAUAAUAGAAAAACCUUGUGACCUCUCUAGAGGCCAUAUUUUUCAAUGGAUCUUCAUGAAAAUUGGUCAGAAUUUUUUAUCUUGAUGAUAUCUAGGUCACAUGUGCUCAAAAACUAGGUCACUAUGUCAAAUAAUAGAAAUAACGAUGUCAUACUCAGUUGAACACUGGGUCAUAUGGAGAUAGGUGAGCUAUUCAGGACCAUCAUGGUCCUCUUGUUAUUAUAAACAAACAGAAAUAUAUAGUUUUUGGUAAUAUUUAAAGUCAAAAGAAUUAUUUGAAUUCUUGAUUUGUGAUAAUUUUCUGUCAUUUAUUGUAUAGGAAGGAGAUUGCUUUCAGUUUACCCGCAUAUGUGCUUUUGAAAUCCCAUAUUUUCUAUAUGUAAAUAUCUCAUAUACUCAUAUACACAAACAUGUACAUAAAACACAUAUUUCCUAAUACUGAUAAUCCAUAUAUUUUAUUAAUCCAUAUAUUUACAUUAAUCCAUUUAUAUUUUAAUCCAUAUAUACAUAUGACUAUGCACAUUUUUUAAUCCAACAUAUGAAAAUCCAAAAAGAAGCAACAGCAUUUGUAUGCCACAGCCAGCUGAAAAUCCUUAUCUCACUAAAACAGCUAUUUUGAUUUUUUUGGUACCUUACUGUAAAUACAAAAUUAACAGUUUAAGAUAAUCAGUUAUAAUUAUUUGAAAUUGAUCAUUACUCUUGGCCCACAGUGACAUUUUUGUUUGCUAGUUAAUUAUUCAAAUGAAAUACAGUUACUGUACUGGAAAAAAAUAUAUAUUUUUAUAAAAAGAAUUAAUGCUGUUAUAAAUUCCAAAAUCUACAUUUUAACUACAUUUUUUGCACAUUUAUUUUUGUUAAUAAACAUUAUUACCAGGUGAUAUUAAGGCUGUAUGAUGCAUAUUCACAGCAAGAUGUUUAUUAAGGCAAAGACCAGAUGCUGGCUUAUGUAUAAAGUGUACACAAACCUUAAAUGAUGUCCCAAAAAUGUAUAUACACAGUUAUGAUUUUUCAAAGUUUAACCCUUGUUUGUUUUACUUAUUUUAGAAUAGUGCCAAAGGUUAUUUUUAUGACAUAUUUAUUAAGGAGAGAGUCCCGUUAACUAAUGGAUCUAUAUAGAUAAUGUUAUAGUUGUGUACACAACAUAUCUAUGCAGUUUUUAAGAUACAAAAUGUGCAGGUAGAGGUCUGUGUACAUUAUUAUUUAUGUACACAGCAUAUCUAUGCAGUUUAAUAGAUCCUGUUGUACUAAGUGUAUAAGAUCCUGUUGUACUUAGUGUGUACUAAGUAUAUAAGAUCCUGUUGUACUUAGUGUGUACUAAGUAUAUAAGAUCCUGUUGUACUUAGUCUGUACUAAGUAUAUAAGAUCCUGUUGUAUUUAGUAUGUACUAAGUAUAUAAGAUCCUGUUGUACUUAGUAUGUACUAAGUAUAUAAGAUCCUGUUGUACUUAGUGUGUACUAAGUAUAUAAGAUCCUGUUGUAUUUAGUGUGUUCUAAGUAUAUAAGAUCCUGUUGUACUUAGUGUGUACUAAGUAUAUAAGAUCCUGUUGUAUUUAGUGUGUACUAAGUUGUAAGAUCCUGUUGUACUUAGUGUGUACUAAGUAUAUAAGAUCCUGUUGUACUAAGUGUUUUCUUUUUCACUUGUAUACUUCUUACUUUUAAAAAAGUAGUCCCUUUGUUCAACUACUAAUGUAA